CUGCAGGGUCGGGGGUCGCGGGGCGGCUCCCACGUGGGUGUGCGGGCCCGGAUGGCGUCGGAGGGCACCCGCGGAGGCCCGCAGGGUGCGCGCGGGGUCCGAGCCGCCGGCUGCCCCAGGCCGUGCCCCUCGAGCCGGGCAUCCCGUUCGCCACAAAGCGCUCGUUGACUGAAGCGUUCGGUGGGCUCCCGCGUGUCCGCACUGUCCCGGGCCCCAGGCGGCCGCCGGGCUCAGGGCGGAAACGACGCCGACCCGGGGCGCUUGCGUUCUGAGGACAGAGAAUUAAUAAGGUGUGGGAGCCUGCAGGAAAAUAAGGCGGAGCAGGGCGCCGCGAGCGAGUCGCGUCGGUGCCGGCAGACGCCCCAGGUCGAGGGAUCCCGGGCGCAGCAGCAGCCGCUGCAGCAGGAGUACGAGCCGGAGAGCGGGGAAGGAGGCGCGCGGGGCAGCCACCUGCGCCCGCAAGGCCUGGACGAGGACGCGGACUCCUCUCCGAGCGAAAUGGGAAGGUGUCCCGCAGAGCCUGACCUGGACGUUCUACGAGUCAUUGUGCAUGCUGUGUUGGAAAGGGGCUGGAGGGACAAGGGCGGGGACCGUGAGUCAUGCAGACGGGAGGGUAGUGACGGCACAGAGAGUGAAAGGUAGUUACUGUCUUCGGGAUGUGUUUUGGAGGCAAGGCUGACAGGGUUAAUGGCUGUGUCAGAUGCAGGAGAUGUGGGGCACCACAGCCUUAAGCCCGAGCAGAAGUCAGGAUUUCCUGAUGGCCGUUCAUGGAGAGGGCAGAUGCCCCAGGAAGAUCGGAAGUGUGGCUUUGGACGCCUUGCGCCUGAGAUGAUGAUGGCAAAACGGAAGAGAAAAAUUACCGAAAUGACAGAGAAAAAGAACAAAAAACUGAAGAAGGCGUCAGCGAAGGAGAUGCCACCCGCGGCCACACCGGGCACCGGGGAAGCGCACGCCGAGGGAGGAGCCGCCUGGGGCGCCGGACAGGACACGGCCCUCGAGCUGCCCGAGCUGACCCCAGAGGAGAAGAGGGUCCUGGAGAGGAAGCUGAAAAAGGAGCGGAGGAAAGAGGAGAGGAAGCAGCUUCGGAAGGCUGCAGUCCCGAGGGUGCCGGCCAAGCCCUCCGGGGCCCAGCUGGCCCUGGACUACCUCCGUGGAGGAACCUGCGGGGAAGUAAAGUCACGGGUUCCGGCAGCCUCCCCCCGCCCCCGCCGCCCACAACGAUUUUCCUCCUCCGGAAGUGGGGUCCGUCCAGCGGCAUCAGCGGCCAGCACCAAGACGGUCUUCCCUGGGGAGACCCAGCUCGGACACACUCACCUCUGGGCCCAGAAGCACGAGAACUGGAAGUUCCAGAAGACGAGGCAGACCUGGCUGCUACUGCACAUGUAUGACAACGACCAGGUUCCCGACGAGCUCUUCUCCACCCUGCUGGCCUACCUGGAGGGGCUGAGGGGCCGGGCCCGAGAGCUGACGGUGCAGAAGGCCGAGGCCCUGAUGCAGAAGUCAGACGAGGCCAGGGGCGAGGACACCCUCCCGCUGGGGACGAUCCAGCGCGUCCGGCAGGUGCUACAGCUGCUGUCCUAGGGCUGCCGGCAGGCCGGGUCACUGCCGCAGCCCCAGGCGGUCCCGGGCCUCUCGGUGAGGGCGACCGCGUCCUCCCGGCAGUGGGGCCCCAGCGAGGGGCAAGCGGGGUCAGCAGCAGGGCAGCGGCCAGUGGGCCCGGGGACUUCCGGGGGCCGGGCCCCUGGCCCUCGGGAGGACUGACUCCACGAUGACAGGUUUUCAUGCCUUCACAACCGAACGGGAGCACUUGGGGGGUAACCUAGAGACACUGGCCUGGUCUCUCCGUGGCCUCAGAGCCCACAAGGAAGCCGAGGGAAAGGCCUGUUUUCUACUGGAAUGACUCAGAAAUCCACCAGAGCCAGCCCUUCCCGCCAGCAGUGGUCCGUCCCUGUUGGGGGCUGAGGGCGGUCCCUCCGGUGGCGCCCAGGGCUGCCUGGUCACCUGCCUGCGUUCACCGACCGUUUCCACUCCCGUUUGCAGUAAAACCAUCCUGUGUCGGCCGUG